AAGGUAAGAUGCAUAAAAUUUAAUAUAUUUUUAUUUUCUUCGCAAGAAAUUAUUCUGACUAGUAAGUUAUAUAUCUAGUAAUAUAUUAUUUCCUGGACUAAAAUCGUCACUCGUCAGUUAGCGCGAACUUUGGCGGCAAUGUUAAGAACGGUUCUGCCAGUGAUACUCGGUUGUACAUGACUGUUGACUGUUGUUGUAUUUAAAGUGAAAAAUGGGUAUCACUGGUUUACUUCCAUUUUUAGAAAAAGCCUCAAAAAGAAUAAAUGUUGAACAAUUUUCCGGUGGUACUGUUGCUAUUGAUUCUUAUUGUUGGUUGCAUAAAGGCGUAUUUUCUUGUGCUGAUAAACUGUCAAUGGGACAUCCAACAGACGCUUAUGUUCAUUAUUGUAUGAAGUUUAUACAUAUGUUGUUAUCUCAUAAAAUAAGACCAAUACUUGUAUUUGAUGGAAGUCAUUUGCCUGCUAAAGCACAAACCGAAGUAAAACGACGAGAAAAUAGACAGACAAAUCGUCGCAAAGGUAUUGAACUAAUGCAAAUGGGACAACAUGCGGAGGGAAGAAAUUUAUUGAGAAGGUCCAUAGAUGUUACACAUGAAAUGGCUUUAGAGUUGAUCAAACAAUGCCAUGAAAUGAAUAUUGAUUGUAUUGUAGCACCAUAUGAAGCAGAUGCACAGUUAGCAUACCUUAACAUCAAUGGAAUUGCCGAUGUUGUUAUCACUGAAGAUAGUGAUUUAAUACUAUUUGGUUGUAAAAAGGUAUUGUUCAAAAUGGAUUUGACUGGUAAUGGUCUUUUAGUUGACCAAGAACAGUUACAUCUUGCAAUGGAAAUACCUUCUGAACAUUUUAAUAUGGAUGACUUUUGCUAUAUGUGUAUUCUAUCAGGCUGUGAUUACUUAUCAUCUCUUCCUGGUAUUGGGUUAAAUAAAGCACGAAAGUUUAUAAAACUAAAUAAAGACUGUGAUAUACAUAAAGCUUUAACUCGUUUAGGAUCUUACUUAAAUAUGAAAUCUUUAGUUGUUACAAAAGAGUAUAGAGAUUCAUUUAUAUUGGCAGUUAUCACUUUCAAGCAUCAGUUAGUGUUCUGUCCUUUAAAAAGGAAACAAGUUCGUUUAAAUCCACCUACAUCUGAUGUAACAAAAGAACAAUUAUAUUAUGCCGGUCUAGAAAUAGAUCCUGAUAUUGCAUUGCAGCUUGCACUUGGGAACUGUGAUCCUUUUACUCUAAAAAUACUUCAUGAUUUUAAUCCUGAUAAAAUAAAGAAAGCAGGACUAUCUCAACAUAUUAGUAUUUGGUCAAAAGAGUAUAAAUUAGUACAAAAUCAAUUGCAAGACACUUGUCAAGGAAAAAAGCUAAGAGAUAGAUGUACUGUUAAUUCAGAAACAAUUCUUCAGACAAAUCGUUUAAGAAGACCUAUUUUUGUAAAACAGCAAGAUAAUUCUGAAUACGAACAACUAAAUCAAAAAGAAAUUUUAGAUAUAUAUAAAUCUACAAAUACAAUGGAUAUUGAAAAUAAUCUAGAUACAAGUAGUCUUACUCCUAGUGAAGAUAAAGUAUCUCCUGUUUUAAUUAGAAAACAAAAUUUAUUUUCAAAACGUUCAUCCAAUAUCAAAACUUCUCCAAGUCUUUUAUCUACUAGUAAAAGUCGAAUAAACGGAAGGAAUAUGCGUAUCAGGCGAACAAUUAUAGAUGAAGGAACUGUUACAGAAAGUAAAUUUUUUGCUAAAGAUAAUACUCACGGAAAUUAUACUCCAAUAGAUAAUGAAAUUACGAACUCAAAUGAAUUUUUAUUAAAAAAAGAAAACAUGGAAGUAAAUAAAAAUAUCCACACAAGCAAUAUUAAUUUAAAGCUUUUAAUGUUAAAUGAGGAAGUGGGGAAGGAUGAUAGUAUGGAUAUUGAUAAAGAGCAUAAUGCACCAAUUAUAAAUGCAUCAAAUGAGUGCAAAAAUAUUGAACCCUUAAACACUUCUAAUUGCGAUUUAGGAGCAUCACAUUUAGAUGUUUCAAUGAAUGAAAAUAUUGUAAAAAAUGCUAAUAAAAACGAAUUACACAAUUUAAAUACUUCAUUGACAACGUUGGAAUUUAAUAUAGAUUCCGACUUCUUAAUUCGACAAGAAGAUAUAAAUACUUCAAAUAGUUUAUUUACAUGGUCUGAUACAAAAAUAUCCACACAAACAACUAAUAAAAUAAAACAAAACAAAAGUAGAAGUUCUUCAAAUUUUCGCACAGUUCUAAAAAGUAAAAUGAACACGACAAACGGUACACGGCGAAGCCAACAGUUACAAACAUCACUACGAAGGCAACAAAGUUUAUUAAGUAUGUUUGGGUUUGAAAAAAAAAAAUUACAUUCGUUAACACACUACAGUUAAUAAUUGUAAAAUAAAUGUGUGCUGUGCUACAUUUUUUGUAAUAAUUUUUAACUUAUUAAUUACUACAAAAAAGAUAUGUAUGAGGAAUACUCAAGAGACUUUAAUACAGA